AUUCAUUCGGUGCCGGACAUGUCGGAUAUUAUCAUCGAGCCCGGAGAAUCGGUAUCGUUGACCUGAAGAGACUUUGUUUUUUUAUGACCGCGCUGUCGAGAUCGUUUCUCGAUUUGUCACGGCGAUGCGGACGUCAUCCCGUCUUCUCGCGUCGCGGAUCUUCGAAAAUCCCUCCGAUCGACGACCGGAAGGACGUCCAGAGGGUCGAGAAGAGGAGUGUGGAAGAAUCGACGGGGAGAAAGAAAGAUAGUAAGGCACAAAGGGACAGCAGGGCCAGCGUAAAGGUGUGCAUAAUCGGCGGCGGAGUGACGCCUCUUUACACCGCGGUACUUUUGAAGCAAUACGGGAUCGUCAAGAGCAUAUGCCUGGUGGACACGCGGGGCACCACGUCGGAGGCUUUGACGGACGUGUCGCACCUGGAGACCACUCCUCGUAUACGUUGCUUCCAGAAGAAGGAUAUAAAACAGGCUCUCAAAGAAGCGAACAUCGUCGCGCUCAUGGACGAGACGGACGUCACCGCGGUGGGCAACACGGCGGUCCAGGAGCAAUUCAAGUUGACGGCCGACUACGUGCGUCAGAUGACAGAUCGGAUCCUGCGCUUCUGCCCGGACGCCCUCGUGGCCGUGUUCGCGCGCCCCGUCACCGCCACGCUCGCGAUGGUCUCGGAGAUCUUCCGCUGCGCGGGCUGGUGGAAUCCCGACCGGAUCGUCGGCUCGACGGCGACGUACGGCGGGCAGAUCGAGGAUAUGACGGCGGCGAUCCUCAACCUGGAGCGCGCGAGCGUCUCGGUGCCGCUGGCCGGCGGCGCCGACUCGUCAACCGUCGUGCCGCUAUUGUCGCGCGCCGUCCCGUUCAACCAAUUCACGAACGUGCAACGCAAGACCUUGCUGCAAUCGUUUCGGGCCGGCAACGAGAAGGCAAGGACGGCGUUCGACGAGGGCCCGUCGUUAUCGUCCGGAACGGCCGCGGCGAAGCUGAUAGUCAACCUCGCCGCCGGUCUAUCUGGGCACGAGCGCGUCGUCACCUGCGCCUACGUGCGCUCGGACGUGCUGCCGGUCUGCCGGUUCUUCACCAACGAGCUGGAGCUGGGCCCGGAGGGCGUCAGGCGGAACCUGGGCCUGCCGAAGAUCUCGGCCGCGGAGGUGCUCCUGAUCGAGCAGGCGAUACCUUUGAUUAACGAGCACGUCGACAUGGCGGUCGCGACGGUCCGGACGGAGAAGAUGCGCAUGCGGUGACGCGAUGACUUCUGGACUGUAACAAUAUAUAUCUAUCCCGAUUUCCCCGGGAAAUCUCGCAGAAUUAAUGAGAACUUGCGCGAGUAUUUAUUGCGAAUUUAUUCACCCUCGCGUGAUGCGUUUCGUCUCGUAUAUAAAUUGAUACUCCGUUGUAAAGAUCCGCUCCGUUGUAAAGAUAUGUAAAUAAAGUGUAAAUUUAUGUCGCUUAUACA